UGCACAGUAGAUAAACCAAUAGCAGUUUGGUAGAGUAUUGUGAAAGCUUUAUAUCUCUGCGAUUGCUUAGAAGCAGAGAAACCUUUGUUCCUUCUAAUCCAGAAACAUUCCUGCUUGUUAUUAAUCUGAUUCUGUGUUUGUGUGCGGCUUGCCUGUUGCAUGCUCUGUUAUUUUACAUAGUUAGCUUUGGAUUUUUAUUUUAGAGAGAGAUUGUUCUGUUUCUGUUUUCUAUUUUAUAAUUUAUUGUAUGUGAAGUAGGGGUGCAUGUGAGUUUUGUGUGUUUAUCCAGUGUCCUUGUGUCCCUGUGUUUGUGGGAAUCUUUGUUUUGUGUUUAUUAAGCAAUGCUUCCUUUGGCAUCCUGGGCACUGGUGCCACUCUUUCUUUUGUCUCUCCUGGGGGUAUAUUUGUAUUUAUACUUAUGGUCUGGAAGAGGAAGCCCAUUUCGAGAGGACUGUGUGUAUCCUCCCAAGCCACUGGUUACUGAUAAGAGGAGCCGAGACAAAGUACUCAAACAAGGUAUGUGUAUGUUUUUACAGGAAUAAAUGCAGAAAGUCUUCCAUGAGGGGAAAAGCCAUCAAACUAAAUAAAAGACAAGGCAAAUUAAAGGGGGUGGGGGGAGCCACUUGACCCCUAUUUAACUAAGCUAUAGACACCCAUUUGGUUUUUUUUUUUGUACCCGAUGUUGAAAUAAGUCUAAAAUCUUUUCUGCUGUUAUUAAUGCAUUCGUUUUUUCGUUCGUUCAUUCAUUCAUUCAUUUCAAGGCUUUAUUAUAUAAAUGGAAAAUUUACUUACGUUAAAGGAUUUUUACAAAACACGGGUUCUAUUACUGGUAUAUUUGCUGAGUUCUUUGAGUGAAUUGUCUUUCCAUUUUUGUAUACUUCAUUGAUUUUGCCUUGUCUAGUGGUAACACUAACAAUUUACGACGAACCUCUGGGGUUUGAAUAUGGUUACUGAAGGCUGAUCGGUUUCAGUUUUCCAGCAUUGUAGCUCUGAUUACCAAAGAAAUGAGCAAAUUAUUACAUAAACCAUCACUGUAUAUAUCAUUACAUCCUGAUUCACUUUGCAUUUCAGUUUCAUCUCUAUUUUCGUGUCCGUUCGGCACCUUCGUUUACACCAUGUAUUCUCCAGUCUCCAGCAUAUUUAGGUCUCUUUUACUGCUUUAUUCUGUUGACUGAUUUUCAUAUAAAAAAAGGCCAAAUACAUGAUGAGUUUCAACGGUCAACACUUAAAGUACAUCACAAAAAUUAGUAAACUUUAUUUUAAAUCCACCUUUAUGAAGGCCUACUGUCCUUGGAUAAAAAUAUGAUCUGUCCUUUCUGUUUUUCUCCAUUACCUGAGGCUCACAAGUUGUAGUUCCAUGACCAUGAUUUAGAUGCUCAGCCAUAUUUAGUUUGAUGUUGCUAUAUUGAGACAAAAAAGGUGUUUCUCUAAAUAUAUGUGAUAUGCCUGUAUUCAAUUACUCACCUUGUCAUCCACUGCUAUUCUUAAGUAAAUUUAUUUUCUAUUCCUCCAUAGGGUUCUCUGAGAAGAAAAUUCCUCCUAACCUGGAUGCUUUGGUUAUUGGCAGUGGGGUGGGAGGACUGUCGGUAGCUUCAGUGUUAGCCAAAGCUGGGAAAAGGGUUCUGGUUCUAGAACAGCAUGAUCAAGCAGGAGGAAGCUGCCACACUUUUCAAGAACGUGGAUACGAGUUUGAUGUGGGUAUGGAUCCUCAAAUAAAUGUAUCCCUGUGCCUUUACGAAGAGAUUAUAUGCCUCCCAUGGGAUAAUACGAGUUUUGCAUGAUAAUUCUGAGUAUCAAAUAAAAACUCAGAAACUGAGAAACUUAUAUAUAAUGUACAGUGACCUCCUGACUGCAGAUUACCAGGACAGGCUCAGACCGCUCUGGGUUUCUAUAUAUAAUGUACAGUAACCUCCUGACUGCAGGUUAACAGGACAAGCUCAGAAGUAAAGUUAUGUGACAAAACUAUUUGGUUGAAAUGGGGUAGGAAAACUGCACUGUCUUCCAAACCUAGAUGCUUAGCUAGACCUGAGGUGGGCAAAUCUUCAGUCAUACAAUAGGUUAAGAAAAGAAUGGUUCAGGCACUCAGAGUCAAUCAGAUCAAGCAGAUUUAUUGGAGGAAAAGAUAUUUGGGACUAGAUCAGUUCUUACAUUUGCAUAUUCUUCCUAUAUCAAUUUCUCAGGUAUACACUAUGUGGGGCAAAUGCAUGAAGGAGGCAUGCUGCGAGUAAUCAUGGACCAACUGACAGAAGGUCAACUUCAGUGGAACCGGUUGGUCGAUCAGUAUGACUCCAUAAUUCUUGGAUGCCGUGUUUACAGAAUUUACUCAGGCAAAAAUGAAUUUCCUAAUGCCCUGAAAAGACAGUUUCCAGGAGAAGAAGCUGCUAUCGAUAAAUUUAUGUAUAUGAUGAAGGUAUGGACAUGUUUACGGCAAGGCUGGGCAAAAUAAUGGGCCAGAACAUAUCUGGCAUCCUGAAUGAGGUUGAAGACAAGUUCUAUUUUGCACUGAAGGGAUGUUGCUAGGGGCUUAAGUCAAAGGCUAAAUGUUAUCAAUCUUGCACACAUGUGUGAACUAAAGCCCCUCCUAAAACCAGCACUAUUCCAUGCUGUAAGUCAGACCUUCAAAGGUUAUUCUAAGCACCAUGAACAGAAAAUAAUUAUGAUCCAACAGGGCCAUGUCGUGUGCAGCAUGUCGCUAUAAAAUGCUGCACAUACAGAGUCAAACAAGUUCCAGAUUGGCUAAUGUCACUUCUGUGCAUAUUCUAUGCACAGAGAGUAAUUCAUUGGCUAAGAGACAUCAGUUCACAAAAUCCAGAUGUAGUUCAUCCAGCUGGACUAUGGUGCGUUGAGGUGGCACUAUCACCAAUGAGGUAAUUAAAGAUUUAUGUCUCUAUCGGAAUUAAAAAGGACUUUAAACUAACAAUAAAAUGGGGCUAAAAUUAGACAUAGAACUUUUCAGAACCCCACAUAGGGCCCCAACCCCUGUCAGCCACCUCCGACUACCACCAGCAAUGUCUCUGAUGCAUAGCCAGUUUUGUGGUGGCAAGGUAUGGUGCGAGUUAUAGUCUUGUGUCAAAGGAAUCAGAUUAAACUGAUUCAAUAUUCAAAUAUAUUUUCUGCUAAAUAUAUGUGGAUUCUAUUUUUAAAGAAAAUAUAGGACUCUCCUAGAGUCUAAAUAGCACCCUGAGGCACCCAAGUUUCUUUGUCCUUUUAAACUAUUGUUUAAACUAUUUUUCAUUGAGCUGUAACUGUAAUGGUUAUUUAACAUAUCUUUCUUAAUUAAUUAACUGAAUACCUCUGGUAUGGUUACUUUCAUGGCUAAUUUCAGCUGGGAGAUAAAAAGCAUUGUGAGUAUGUCUUCGGAAAGGAAAAAAAACUCCCAUAAUAUAUAAAAAUAUUUCGACCAUGGCAUAUGCUAAUACAAAAAACAUUAACCAGCACAGUAAAUUAAGUUAUUCAAAGUAUAAACAUAAAAUAUUUAGGCCUUAUUUUAAUAUUUUUGGAUCAACAUUUUAAAUUAUGUAAUAUUUCAAAAAUAUUUUAAUAUUAAUAAUUUGAUAUUUAUUUUAUAUAUAUUGUUUAUAUAUAUAUAUAUUUUGUUUUAUUAUUUUAUAUAUAUAUAUUUAAUAUUUUUUUUAAAACUCUAAUUUUAGAAAAUAUUUAAUCCCAGCCAUACUUUGCUGUUUGUCGAAAAGAAGGCUCUGUAUCUAAGCAAUUAAAACCCCAAUUUUUAAAUUGUUCUGUAGGGGACAUGAUAAUGAACAAAUUUUGAAGUAUUCUCUAUGCUCCCACAGAAAGUGGCCCGUCACGUUGCACUGCUAGGUGCCCUAAAGAUACUUCCUUAUUCUUUGACUUUGCUGCUUUUGCGAUCACGUUUUCUGCACUGGAUUUCCCCGAUAUUUAGGAUGGCAGAGUCCAGCCACCAGGAUAUUGUGGGCAACCUGACCAGCAACAAAGACCUGCAGACGGUGUUUAGCUAUUUGUUUUAUGGUGAGAUAAUGCUUCAUAAAAGAUAAACGGAAUCUCAAACACAGAGAAGAACAGAGGGUUUCCUCCUAUUCUAUUUAUGAAAAUGGCAGAAAGAGGGGAAAUUGCACAAUAAGAGCUAUGAGAACUAUUUUUGGGUGGUAUUGCUCUUAUGGGUAUACAUUAUGUAGCGUAAUUUAAUAUAUACUUAUCAAUUAGAUACAAGAUUUUGGUGCCGCUAUUUACAUUGCCUAGUAAAUCGAGGUGAUACAAAUUAAGUGAGGAAGUAUACAUACCAUAUAUCCUGAGGAAAGUCCCCUGGGACUGAAACGUCGAUAAUUGAAGGCAUCAUAACGUGUUCUUUUAUAUGAACAAUAAAAGUUAAGUUUUAAUACGAAGACCGUUAGUGCGGACCAUCUCUUGGGCUACUUUUGUAUAAGGAUGACCUGGAUCUGGCACCCGGCAUUGAGUAUACCUUGAAUUUACAGCCUGCAGUGCAAGGUAUUUUUGGAUGUAUAUAUAUAAAUAUAUAUAUCUAAAAAAAUAUAUAGUUGUACCUUGCACUCUGGCUUUAAAGUUGUAUGACCGGGUGCACUACCAGGGCUCCUGUAUCCAAAUAUUUGAAGUAGUUGGCUGCACUCACGGAUUUUCGUAAAACGUAACUUUUAUUCAGAUGUUUAUGAUAAGAUCAACGUUUCAGUCCUCCUUGCGGACUUUCAUCAGGAUCAUCAAAUAUCCUUAUAUUUUUUUUCACAUUUUUCAAAUUUAUUUCUCAUUAUCCUCCAGAUUCAGUGUCACGGUCCUUUUUUCCCUACUAUACUGUGAGCUGUGCAUGUGGAUUUCCCUUUGCUAGCCAUUCAUUAACGUUCCAUAAUUGGUUUACGAUUCUUUAGAUUACACAUAAGAUAAUCCAAUUAGAUAUCAAACUAAUACCUUGUUAUCUUCCAUCCAAAGUACAGUAAAAAAAAAAAAAAAAAGAGAGAGGGUUGGUGGAGAAAUAAACAUUAUGUCACAAAAUAUGUAAAAUUAUUUAUUUAUUUUUUGCCUUUUUUAACAAUCAGGAGAUAUGAAAGAAAUAUGUGGAGAAAUGCUCCAUUUUAUGAGUAGAACCCUAAUUUAAUUAUUUUGGGUCAACUUUCCAAAUGAUCACAAUCUGGCCUCGGUUUAAUUUGUUUGAAUCACCAUCGGAAAUUACUACAAUCUGUUAGAAAAACAUUUCAAAGGAUUUACCUACAGAUUAAAGUCUUCGGGAAUUGUUUGUAGUUUAAUCACUUGAAAGGUUUUACUAACAGAUUGUGUUAAUUUGAAAUGCUGGCCUUUAUUUCGCUAUUGUAUGACAAAUAGUCUUGGAUGGAUGUUGGGUGACAUUGAGGUAAACAAAGAGUUCGAAAAAGGAUCAACCUACUGAAGACGUAGCAUUGUAUAAUAAAUUGUAUAUUAUAUUAAAGAGCAAAAUAAUCAAGUUAGAAUUGUCUUGAAAAUAAUUCAAAUGAUAUAGUAACCAGGAAGAUUCCGUAAUGGGAGGGUAGAUCGAUCUAUAGUGGAAAGUAAACUGAACUAAUUAAAGAAUGGGAUAAAAGGAGCAAAAACAGCUGUAAAAUUAGGAAAAAGUUGGUAAUAGUAUGCGUCCUUAAACCUCCUCUUCUCUCUAUAAUAGGUGUCCCUCCAAGUGAUUCUAGCUUUAUGAUCAAUUCUCUUCUAAUACACCACUACAAAAGAGGGGCCUGGUAUCCCCAUGGGGGUAGUAGCGAAAUUGCCUUUAACAUGAUCCCAGUCAUUGAGAGAUCUGGGGGACGGGUGCUGGUUCGUGCCCCAGUGUCUCGGAUCCUGGUGGAGAAUGGCAGAGCCACAGGUGAGUAGAGGCCUAACUUUAUGUGACGGUGUUUAGAUAAAUUGAAAAAAGAAGAAAGGUAUAGUUGUGUUACGUCUAUUUACCCCUUAAGGACACAUGACGGAAAUAUUCCAUCAUGAUUCCCUUUUAUUUCUCAAGUUGUGUCCUUAAGGGGUUAAAGAACAAAGAAAAGAAAAUACAGAGGAAAUUUGAAUGUGCAAAAUAAGUAAUCAGGGAGUGAGCUAGAAAGGACACAUAAUGCAGAGCUAAAUAAAAUAAAAUGUGAUCAGAUAACAGAUAAACAGAUAAAUUAAUAGAAACAGGUGAAUGUAGAGAUUUGCUAACAGAAAUAAUAUCCUAAAACUGUAUUUUCUCUCCUCCUCAAGGAGUGGUUGUGCAGAGAGCUGACAGGGAUGUGCGUAUUUAUGCCCCAGUCGUAAUUUCAGAUGCAGGAAUAUUCAAUACCUAUAAACGGCUUCUGCCACCAGAGAUCAAAACAUCCACAGGUACAAAAACUAAAAGUCAAUUAAUAUCUUUUAACAUUGUUAUUUAAGAGUUUAGGAAUCAUUGAGGACAGGCCCUUCGCGACAAGGCAAGCAAACCAAUCUGGGGCCCCAAGACAACAACCAGGGACGUAUUAGCCGUGAGGCAAACAAGGCAUUUGCCUUGGACGGCACUUUCCAGGGGGCGGCAAAAAAAGCCACCUCCAAAUGCCCAGGGCAAAUGCCUUGUUAGCCCGGCGGCUAACUAACAAUCCGUAAGUUAGUCUGGCGAGGGAGCACUUUCCCCUGAGCUGACAUCAUAUUCCGGCUCCCGGCAUCACUCUGCGGCGUGUGAGGGAGCUGAGCAGGGCACUCAGGGAAAAGUGCUCCCUCGCCAGCGCAGCCCGACUGACUGCCCAGCAGCCCCACUAGACCCCAGGGAGAGGGAGAACCCCCGCCCCGGCAUUCCCAAAGGUAAGGAGGCUGGGGGGGUUAAAUUUUUUUUUUUAAAGUGAGUGUGUUUAUGUGAGUGAGUGUGUGUGUGUGUCUGUUAGUGUGUGUCUGUGUGUGUCUGUUAGUGAGUGAGUGUGUGUCUGUUAGUGUGUGUCUGUCUGUUAGUGAGUGUGUGUCUGUUAGUGUGUGUGUGUGUGUCUGUGAGUGAGUGUGUGACUGUUAAUGAGUGUGUGUGUGUGUGUGUGUCCGUUAUUGUGAGUGUGUUUGUCUGUUAGUGUGUGUGUGUCUGUUAGUGUGUGCGUGUCUGUUAGUGAGUGAGUGUGUGUCUGUUAGUGUGUGUCUGUCUGUUAGUGAGUGUGUGUCUGUUAGUGUGUGUGUGUGUGUCUGUGAGUGAGUGUGUGUCUGUUAAUGAGUGUGUGUGUGUGUGUGUGUGUGUGUCCGUUAGUGUGAGUGUGUUUGUCUGUUAGUGUGUGUGUGUCUGUUAGUGUGUGCGUGUCUGUUAGUGAGUGUGUGUGUGUGUCCAGUGGCGUACACAUGACCCAUGGGGCCCCGGUGCGAAAAUUGAUCCGUGGCCCCCCCCCCGCGCAGGCCGGGCCGCAACACAUGGCAGUGGGCACCUGGUCGCAGGGGUUACAGGGCUGCGACCCCUGCGACCGCGGUAUGUACGCCAGUGCAUGCAGAUGCACACACACUUAAAGGACCACUCUAGGCACCCAGACCACUUCAGCUUAAUGAAGUGGUCUGGGUGCCAGGUCGAGCUAGGGUUAACCCAUUUUUUCAUAAACAUAGCAGUUUCAGAGAAACUGCUGUGUUUAUGAAUGGUUAAGCCUUCCCCUAUUUCCUCUAGUGGCUGUCCCAUUGACAGCCGCUAGAGGCGCUUGCGUGCUUCUCACUGUGAUUUUCACAGUGAGAGCACGCCAGCGUCCAUAGGAAAGCAUUAUGAAUGCUUUCCUAUGUGACCGGCUGAAUGCGCGCGCAGCUCUUGCCGCGCGUGCGCAUACAGCCGACGGGGAGGAGAAGAGGAGGAUCGGAGGAGGAGAGCUCUCCGCCCAGCGCUGGAAAAAGGUAAGUUUUACCCCUUUUCCCCUUUCCAGAGCCGGGCGGGAGGGGGUCCCUGAGGGUGGGGCACCCUCAGGGCACUAUAGUGCCAGGAAAACGAGUAUGUUUUCCUGGCACUAUAGUGGUCCUUUAAAGGACCACUACAGACACCCAGAUCACAUCAGCUCAAUGAAGUUGUCUGGGUGUCAGGUCCCUCUAGUUUUAACCCUGCAGCUGAAAACAUAGCAGUUUCAGAGAAACUGCUAUGUUUCACUGAGGGUUAAUCCAGCCUCUAGUGGCUGUCUCACGGACAGCCGCUAGAGGAGCACACUGAACGUCCAUAGGAAAGCAUUGAGUAAUGCUUUCCUAUGGGCGGUUUGAAUGCGUGCGCGGUCGCAUUCGGAGCUGAGAGGCUGAGGGAUCCUCAGCGCCAAGGGAGUCCGGCGCUGGAGAAAGGUAAGUGCUGAAGACACACACACACACACACUUACAGACGCAUACACACUAGCUAACAGACACACACAUUUACUGACAGAGAUACAGUCAGCGACAGACAUACAUACACACUCACUUACAAAACAUACACUCUCAUUGACAAACACACACUCACUAACAGACAUCAAACAGACUCACUAACACACACACACUCAGUAAGACACACACAGUAACACACUCACUGACACUCACUAGCAGACACACACACUAACACACUAACACUCACUAGCAGACACACACUAACACUCACUCUAACACUCACACACACUAACACUCACUAACACUCACACUAACACUCACUCUAACACUCACACACACUAACACACUCACACACACUAACACUCACACACACUAACACUCACUCUAACACUCACACACACUAACACACACACUAACACUCACUCUAACACUCACACACACUAACACUCACUCUAACACUCACACACUAACACUCACACUAACACUCACACAUGAUUUUUUUUUUUUUAAUAUAAUCCCCCCAGCCUCCUUACCUCUUGGAGUGCUGGGGGGGAUUAUUCCCUGGGGUCCAGUGGGGCUCCUGGGCGGGUGGCCGGUCGGGCAGGCAGGCGGGCGCGCGAGGGAGCACUCAGUGCUUCCUCUUCAGCUCCCUUGCGCGCCGCGUAGGGAUGCCGGCGCCGGAAUGACGUCAUCUUCCGGCUCCGGUAUCAGUGCGGUGCGCGAGGGAGCUGAAGAGGAAGCACUGAGUGCUCCCUCGCGCGCCCGCCUGCCUGCCCGACCGGCCACCCGCAGCAGGGCCAGCCUCAGGGGGGCCCUGGGGUGGUCGGCUCCUGGGCCCCCCAGGGGAAGAGGCUGGCCCUGGGCGUACAUACCGGGUCGCAGGGGCGGCCGGGCCCCCUGGUGGGCCGGGCCCGGUCGCAGUCGCGACCCCUGCGACCCUGGUAUGUACGCCAGUGUGUGUGUCUGUCUGUUAGUGUGUGUGUUUUAAGUAUGUUGGAUUUAGUCAUUGUGCACUUUUUUAAUGUAUAUUUGAUUUUAUGGUACAGUGGAGUUUUUUUGCAAAUGUUCAAUUGUUGAAAAUGUUCAAAUUUUAUGCACAUUAUAUGCAACAGCAGUAUUUGCACUGUAAACAUUUUUUAUUUAUGCACAGUAUAUGCAACAGCAAUAUUUGCACUGUAAACUUUUUCUAUUUAUAUAACGUGUGGGUGAACCUAAACUGUAUGGCUAUGCUGUGGUUCCUGUAGGCUUUGCGUGCGUGCGUGCGUGCAUGUGUGCGUGCGGGGGCAGGGGGUCCUCCAUGUGUAUUUUGCUUAGGGGCCCCAAAAUUCCUUCAAACAGCCCUGAUUGAGGAAUGAUUUGAUAAGUUAUGGAACCAGGUAAUAGGUUAUAUGAUACUUAAAGUUCAACUGUUAUCUCAAAAUUAUUUUUUUAAUAUAAUUAUCCUUUAAUCAACAUCCGAUAGUGUUAUGCUACUGAAUUAUUUCUUUUUUUAAUGUGCAUACAAGUGCAACUUUUAAUACUUAUAUAUCCAGUAUGAAAACUUUCCAAAACAGGUUUGGUUAAAAUCUGUUUAAAGCGAAUAACACUUGAUAGUGCAGAUUGAUUGUAUGAUCGAGGAGAGGAAAACUCUUGAAAGUUUGUCUUUUACAUUAUUUUUUUAAAAUUAUUAGUAAAUGAGCAAAACUUUGUAGAAUAAUGAAGGUAUAUGGUAAUUUUCCAGAAUAAAUAUGUUGGUCUCAUUAUCCUCCAGAUUCAGUAUCACUGUCCUUUUUUCACAAAUGUACUUUGAGCUCUACAUGUGAAUUACCAUGUGCUAACCAUUCAUUAAUUUCCAUAAUUGGUUUACCACUGUUUAGAUUACGCAUACGAUAAUCCAAUUAGAUAUCCAACUACGGUAAUACCUUUGUUAUCUUUCAUCCAAAGUACAGCAAAGUAGGAAGUCUUUACUUUCUACUCAAAAUAUGCAGACAAUAUGCACUAUCAUGUGUUUUUUGCCAGCAUCUGAACGGAGCACCGGCCAAGUAGUUACUAUAGCAACCAUAGCACACGUGCUGUGGUUGCUAUGGGUGGAGAACAGAGGGACCUUUUUGUGAGGUCUCUUUUGCUCUCCCUCUCUCUCAUUCCAAAUCUAUACAUUUGCUAGCAAAACUAUAAACACGAUGUAUAGAUAGAAUUUUAAGAUCUUUUAGAAGAACGUAAUAUGUUUAUGUGAUGACAUGCUCCCUUUAAUAAGUUUGGGAGAUGCUAAUUAAAUGAUGUCCUUAUGACCUGACCUGAUGUCAUUAAUAUAAUGAUUAUUACAUAAGUAUUCAUACCCAAUGCUCAAGAAUUGUGUUCAAUAGGUCUUUAGACUAUGUAAAGUAUGGCUUAUCAUAUUACUUCCCUAGUAAAUAAUUAAAGACAAUACAGGGAGAGACUAUCCUAAAAAAAAAGUUCAUGUACAAAAAUGAUUUUAAAAUGUACAUACCGAGCAAGAAUUAGUAAAACUAAUAUAUAAUAUUGAUGCCGAAUGAAUCAAUGCUUCUAGAGAAUAAAGUCCUCCAAGUCAACGGCGCUACCAUCAGCUCCACCACGCAGGCUCGCUGCCUAGGUAUUCUCUUUGACUCCAACCUCUCCUUCAAACCUUAUGUUCAAUCUAUCGCCAAAUGCUGUCAUUCCCAUCUCAAAACCAUUGCGUGCAUCCGCCCCUACUUAACGCCAGAUUAGACUAAGGUGUUGGUCCAUUCCACUGUCCUUUCUCGCCUUGACUACUGUAAUCCGCUUCUCAAUGGUCCUACGGGCUCCCAACUUGCGCCGUUACAGUCCAUAAUGAAUGCGGCGGCGAGGCUCAUCUUCCUGUCUGCCCGCACCUCCCAUGCCUCACCCUUCUGUCAGUCCCUACAUUGGCUUCCUAUAAAAUAUAGAGCUCAAUUUAAAAUUCUGGUUCUUGCUUUCAAAUCUCUACAUAAUGCUGCUCCCACCUAUCUAUCCUACCUUAUACACAAGUAUGUCCCGUCUAGGCCCUUACGAUCUGCUGAAGACUUACGUCUAUCUUCUGUCCGUACUCCCACCUCUGAUGCUCGCCUUCAGGAUUUCUCGAGGGCUGCACCGUUCCUGUGGAACUCGCUUCCCUCCUCCGUUAGAUGCUCACCCAGUCUCCACCCCUUCAAAAAAUCGUUUAAAAACCCACUUCUUCAUAAAAGCGUAUCAAUUAAACUGUUAAUAGUUCCUGACUGAUUCCUCUUCUGCAACUGUCACUAGUCUAAUACUAUCCUUACCUUUUUGUGUCAUUUUACCCCACUCCCUCUAGCAUGUAAUCUCAUUGAGCAGUGACCUCAACCCCUCUGUUCCUGUGUGUCCAACUUGUCUGGUUACAACUACAUGUCUGGUUGUCCACCCAUUGUAAAGCGCUGCGGAAUUUGACGACGUUCUAUAAAUAUCAUAAUAAUAAUAAUGUGACAUACAGUAUAUGUAUUUAGACCGAAGAAUAGAUACAGUAAUAAUUUUUGUACAUGUAUUUUUUUUUAGUGUAGCCCUUUACUGUUAUGCUUUUAUUUGGUUACCUAUUUAUCUGGUUAGGCAGGUAUCUCUAUUUGGAGGACCUUUGCAAAGACCCCCGACAGUGACCUCUCUGCUGUGGUCUGGAGGCCAAGGAGGGCAAGGGAAGGUAUUUCGUACACAUCUGAACUUUUAGCUUACGGGCGACUCCAUCCAUUUCUAUACAGUCAUCUUCAGCUCCUGGGGCUUCAUUUACCAGGCGCUCAUGUGAAUGCGCUACUUUCGCACAUGCAUUGAGGUCCAUGUAGGAUCAAGCGAGACCGCUGGAGCCUCCAUAGAAAAAGCUUUUUUGGUUUUCUUCACUGGUAACGGCUGGGGGAAAUGACAAACUUGGCAAAAGGUAACUCCUCCGUUUGUCAAUCGAGACUCCAUAAGUACUCCCUACUUUGUCUUAAUGUAUCUUUUGACUGUGUUGCUGUUUCCGUGAAAUUCCAACACAGUGAAUGUGAGUCUUUUAUGAAGAUUUAAACUUUACAAAAUACCCAUUUUGGAUAUGGGGUUACAGAGGCAUUUCUUGAGAUAUAGAAUUUGCAUACAUGAUUAUAGCAGAAGUCAAAUUAAUUUUUAGGUCUCUGUAGUAAUAGGGACCUUUGAGCCCUGAUAACAGUCAUAUAAAAUAAAAGUACUAAUUAUUAAUUGAUGCUAAACUCUUCACAAGUAAUAUGAUAAUCCACACAAACAAUAGUACUUUCUUUAAAAAAAAACAAAAAAAACCCAGCCAUUUGGAAAACUGGAAUCUGUGCUGAAUUGAAAGGAAUUGCAAACAUUCUCUACUUUAGCUGAUCUUCCAGCUCAGGUAUUUUGGCUUGUAAUUUUUAAAUCCCUUGUAAAAUUCUCCACAAUUCCCGAUUUAGUAAGUAAAUCCCAAGAACCUUUAUCUUUACUUCUAAAACAGUGUGCUUCUUAUUAUUGAGACUGAAUUACAGAGAUUGAAGAAUGUAUAUUAACCCAGUGUGUAAAUAUAUGUAAAACCCUAAUCAUGAUAUUUGUUAUUAGUCUUUAAUCGUUCUACUUGGAAAUUUGGCUAACUUAUCUAUGUUUUCUCUUUUUCUAUCCCGUCACUUGGAUGAUCUGAAUCCUCUUCUCUCUCAUUUCUCUCCCAUGAUAGAGGUCCACUCUCUUCUCUCCCGCCUGCAGUAUGGAAUGGGGUGCUUUUUAGUCUUUGUUGGACUUCGAGGGUCAACUGAACAGUUGGGGUUACAGUCCACCAACCUAUGGAUUUACAAAGAUAAUGACCUGAACAGCUUGUGAGUCCACAGUUCAUCUCAUAUAACUGAAAUAACACAAGGUUUUCAUAGGAUUAUCAUUCCAUCAAACACAAAGACCUAAUCGCCAUCUCACAAACCUCUACCAGAUCAUCUCAAGCACAUGGAAAAAUGUUCAGUCAAUUCAUUUUAGAUUAUGUUUCCCACCAGCCAAUGUAUGAGAUUACCCUAUAUCGUACUAUGUUUUCUCACAACAGGUGUCAUCAGUAUAUAUCAGGGAUAGGCAACCUUCGGCACUACAGAUGUUGUGGACUACAUCCCCCAUAAUGCUAUUACACCCGUAAUGCUGGCAAAGCAUCAUGGGAGGUGUAGUCCAAAACAUCUGGGGUGCGAAGGCUGCCUAUGCCUGUUAUAUCUGAUUAAUCUAUGGAUUAGACCACUAAAGUGAUAAUUCAAAGUGAUUUUCAAAUUUCAAGGUCAAAAUGGCCAAAUCAGAGAAGAUCUCUCGGUCAGCUAUAACUUUGGAAACUCUGGCUUUAAAAUUGAAAAUUACUUUUAAUUCACUUUGAAUUCUCACUUUAGAAAAUACCCUGUUAAGGAGUUAACUAUCAUGUAAAAAAAAUAGGUACGAUCCUGAGGCAAACGAACGUUAAAUCACCAUGGAAACCAAACGACUUACAACAUGUAUCACUUUGUACCCAGAACUAUUUUAUCCUGAUAAACCUCCCCCUUGGUUUCAUUUUUUUUUUUUUUUUUACUUUUAUCCGUGAAUGAAUGAAUGGAGGUUUUUUCAAACGGAAUUGAAAGAUUCUAUGAGUGAAGGGACACAAUCUCUAAGAAUCAGAGUAAAUGGGUAGAAUUUUAGAGCCACAGAUCAAAGUAUAUAAUAUUGGAUUUUCUUCAUUAAUGAGCUGCUCCUAAAGGGAAUGGGCAGAAUUUAAAUCUCAAUUUGAAUGGGUGGUUUGUUAGAAUCUCGUGGAAAAUUGACAAAUUCUUAGGGUGAAUGGGCAGAAGCUCAGAUAAUUAGGGGGAGAUUUAUCAAAGUACAACCAGUACUUUUAUGUCUAAUUUUCUAAAAGGUUUCGUCACAGUCUAUUAAAUCCUAUUUUUUCAUCCUUUGGUCUCUCACUUAAAUUUUUGUGCUAUAAACCAUUUUUCCAGCAAUGCAACAAAUUUAUCAAUCUUUUGGCCACUUUCUCUGACGGAAAAGUGGUCUGUUUCACUUCUCAUUUUUCUGCCAAUCUAAAUUUGGUGUUCUUAGAAAUGGUAAAUUCUGCAAAAACUGACAGAAUUUGUCAUUCAGAAAACUGUCUCUUUUUAAAUUGCUUUUAGAAUGAUCAAAAUGAUGAUAGAAUUAGGCCGUCACUUUUCAGAAUAGUUUGAUAAAUCUCCCCCUAAGUGUGUCUGAUUCUCAGUCACACAGUCUUGAGCUGAGAUGUUUAACAUUGAUUAAGCGAUAGGCGAGUCUUUUUCUUUCGUUGACUACCCAGAUCAGUUAAUUGGGCUGCAAUUUGAAAUUUGAUUUUGCAUUUACCCCGUUUAACUGUUCUGGGAAUAAACCGCAAUGUGUCAGGAUUCACUUAUUGAGCAAAUUCUCACUUAAGAUGUUUAGAUGAAUGUCCACACAGAGGUUGGACCAUGUGCAUGACUACAGGAACUCUUAUCACAUCUUCACAUUUUUACAGGUGCCUCUUUUUCUCUCCUUCAGGAUGGGGACUUUCUUGUCUAUGAACUGUGAAGAAGUUAGUGAGAACCUGCCCCUGAUGUUUAUCACCUUUCCAUCUGCCAAGGAUCCUACGUAUGACCAAAGACAUCCAGGUGAGGAUGGAGCGAGUGAUAAAAAAAAUACUUUAUAAAAAGUAAAAUGUACAAUAGAAAAACGAAAGUGCCAUAGCCUUCAGCAUUGAAGGACACCUCUUAAGAUGAUGGCUACCUGGACAAUAGGUUACCGUAUACAACCUGAAAGUAUAAUGUUAUUCCCAGAAUAUUAAAUACUCUGCAGAAAUGGACAAGUACAGUAAAAGUAAUUUUCUGAUACAAGUUAACCUUAAAUAUUCUAUUGUGUAGAUAUUUAGCAUUUGUGCCUCUUAAAAACCCAUAUCUCAAUGACCUCUCCCCACAGGUCGAUCGUGUAUGACUCUUUUGACCAUGGCUCCCUAUGAUUGGUUCUCUCAGUGGAGAGGAAAGACGCCACGGCAUCGUGGUGAAGAGUAUGAUGCAAUUAAAAUGAGACUUGCUGAGAGAAUGCUAGCGAGAGCAAUAGAAGAAUUCCCACAGCUUGCUGGCAAGGUACCCGACACAUAACAAGACAUGCAUGUUUCCAAAUAAGAGCUAGAUAUAAUAUGGAUACAAUAAAUAAUUGUUAUAGGUGUACACAUUAAAUGCAUCAGAGUGGGAUAGCCAAAAGCCCGACCUGGAAUCUGCGUAGGGCGCAGAGUCAGACAGGGUCACCAGGACCAUGAUUUUGCUUAGACCAAUAACCAUCCCUAUGUGAAGAAUAAAGGGGGUCCCAAACUGAUAACUAGUCAAGGGCACCAUGGGAUCUUAAUCUUUCUCUGAUUGCCAUAACCUUUUAUAGAUUGUGUGUAACCCCAAACACACUUAAAGGGGCAUACCCGGAUAGAAAUUACAUAAUUAUUUUUGUCAUGCCUUAAGGGUGUGAGUGAAGGGUUCAUGAAUUUGGCUGCAGAUUUUAUUAUUGGUGUGGCUAUAUUGGCCCCUCCUCUUCUAAAUGUCAUUGCUGUGCCACUUGCUAAAAAUAAUUAAGGUGUUACAUAUAUCUAUACAUGAGCAUAUACCUAUACGUAUACACAUUCAUAGACAUAUAGUCAGAUCCUCACUCCUAUACAGUCAGUAGGCAGGCUGGAAUAAACACCACCUCCUCACACCCAUCACAUUGAUCUAUCCACAUACAGCAACACGCAUCACUCACAGCUACUCACACACAGCAUACUCAUACAUCCACAUACAUCACUUACAGCUACCCCCACAGCACAAUCAUGGACCUACACACAGCCAAACAUGUCAAUUACCCACAAUUACCCACGCACAGACACACAUCAUAGCUCUCCUUUACCUAUACAUCACACACAUCCAGCUACACGCAGUCACAAGCAGCUACAAUUACAGCCACAACACACACACUGUCACCACACACACAGCCAUUACAUAAAUAUUCACUGUAAAUAAAAUAAAAAAAAAUAACGCAGGGAAAGAAUUCCUGUAACGAUGGCUGGGCAUUAUUCACAUUGUCCCCUCUGCCCUGCCAUCAAACCCUCCAAUGUCGAGAGGUGUGCAUUAUGGGAAAUGUAGUUGCCAAACAUAUCAGGAGCCCAUGUUAUCCAUUGCCGCCCUUUCCUGAUUUUUCUGAUAUCAUUGCUUAUACCGAGAACAGGUGGAUUACAUGGAGGCAGCCACACCUGUGAGUAACGAGUAUUAUUUGCGAGCUCCGGAAGGAUCUAUGUACGGCGCUGAACAGAACUGCAGUCGGUACCAGUGUGAAAUUAUUAACAGGAUGCGGGCACAGACUGCCGUGCCAGGACUGUAUCUGACAGGUAAGAACAUUGUGGUUGCCAGCGCCAGUAAUGAAGACAAUGUAGCACAUACGAAAGAGAGCGUCAAAUACUAGAGGCAGUACGGGCCAGGAGAGUUCUCAUGGCAUAGUGGAGAUUGCGUAGGUUAAUAUCAGAUUAAAUAAGAUAACUCCACGACACAUCUGUCAGACAGGGAAAAUUCCAGGACUAUAUGAGAGAGGAUCAGGAGAACUGUAUUUGCCAAGAGACAGUCAGUACAAGAAUUGCUCAUCACAAGAGAUGGCGAGUCAGGAGAGCGUCUGACAAAACUCAGUGAUCCUGACAUAGCAAGAGAGCCUUCGAAGCAGUUGUAUAAUCAGUGAGCUUAUACAUAACAUAUAGAGAUUAAUGCAUUUAUUGGACUGCCUCGAAGAGUUCUAGUUUAGAUUCAUAUAGUUAUGAUUUUCUAUUUUCAUUCUAAAUCUUUGUAUAUGCCACACAAUGUAUCUGUCAUAUCUGUUACAGGACAGGACGUGUUCAGCAGUGGGCUGGCAGGGGCGGUGCACGGAGGGCUGAUCUGCGCCUGUGCUGUUCUCAAUAGGAUCCUGUACUUAGAUAUACUCAUCCUAAAAAAACGACUUAAAAGGCGAAUGAGACAGAAGAAAUGUGUGUGAGAGAGAUGGGAACACAGACUGAGAUGGUACACAGGCUGCACACAAUUACGUACAAAUGUAAUACAAAGAUACACUUGAAAACAACUGUACAUGGACUGAUAUAUACUCUUCGCAUUAUCAUUUUACAUUAUUUAAAUUUCAAAGAAAUUAAAUUAAGUUAUAAUUUUGUCACUGUAUGUCUGAUUCUCACACACACAUCAUUCUCAUCAAAAGCAAAAGUGCAUUUCAGUGCAAAUUCAACAUCUGUCCAAUAUUACUCCUCCUAGUACUCCAUAUAGCCUCUCUCUAUAACUCCUCCUAUUACUCCACAUAACUUCUCUCUAUAACUCCUCCUAUUACUCCAUAUAACCUCUCCCUAUAACUCCUCCUAUUACUCCAUAUAACCUCUCUCUAUAACUCCUCCUAUAACUCCAUAUAACCUCUCUCUAUAACUUCUCCUAUUACUCCAUAUAACCUCUCUCUA